GAUUGUUGCACCUCCAGAACGCUUGUAACUUCUGUGUAACUGAACAAAAUUUUUCUAAAUAUGCUAGUAGUGUCUGGGUGUGGAUUUGAAGUUCUAUAUGGUAUUUUUAAUAUUAAACGACUUGUAUUUUCCCCAUAAAUGUGGUGUGUAUGUAGCGAAAGUCCUGGGUAUGGAAUCAUUCCCUCUUGCUGAGCGGUUUUGAAUAGGUAAUCUUUGUAGUGAUUUCAGUUUGUAUUAACAAAGAAUAUAGCAAUACUUGUUUGAACUUUAUUUUAUCUGUGAAUUCUCUUUAUAUUUUUCAUCCCCUUAUCACUUUUCCAUUAGCCUAUAAAUGUUUCCCAAUAGUAUUUUAAGGGGCCUUUGAAAUAACAAUCUUCAGACUUCAUCGACAGGUGUUAAUAAUGUUCACGUAUCUGGAAACCCAUGUUCGUGUGAGAUACUUAAUAUCAAUAUUUUGACCUUAAAGCACAAUAUUAAAAGUUGCUUUUCUCAUAAGAUUCACAGUUCAGAUAAUGAAAAAUAUUGAUAGUACAGAGGCUGUGAUUUAGAAUUGUCUUUUCAUGUUUUUUGAUGAUGGGUGAUGUCAGUGCUUUAAACUUUGCCAGAAGUUGGGAAUGGGAAACAGGGAUCACUUGAUGAUUGCCUGUUCUGUUCAUUCCCUCUGAAGCACCUGGCAUUGGCCACUGUCGGAAGACAGGAUACUGGGCUACACGGACCUUUCAUCUGACGGAAUGUGGCCGUUCUUAUGUUUUUAUUGUGAUAUGAUUACAUUCCUCUUUAUGAAACAUACAAAUGUACAAGGGGUACAAAGAGAAGACUGGAAUAGUAUGGCUAUUUUUAUACAGUGUUAUAAGCAAUUUAUUUUUAAAAUGUAGAAUGAGCUCCACGGUUUACCCUGCUAUCAGCAAUGUCUCAUUUUAAUAUUCGGGUCAAAAUAUCCUUACAAUGGGGUCAGACAUUUUCUUUGCGGGGGAAUAAAUUCCUUCAAAAAUUUAUCAGGCAACCUCCAUCACUGAUUGCUCUUGAUAUGUCGAUUGUGAGGCACUCUCAAUUCCAUCCCUCAUAACACUGAUCGCUGAUUAUAAUGAUUGCAGUUAUUAUUGCAACUUCUGUAAUAAUACAACUUUUAACUUCCCUAGUACCUUCCGUCAAAGGACGUCAAUGCACUUUAGAGAAUUAGUGUGAAUUUCAUCCCAGUACAAAGAACCUUGACACUUAAAUCCCGCUUUAAAGGUGAAACUCACGCCAGGUGCAGAGGGCAAGCACAAAACCGAUGUACCCUUAAUUCCACUUAAGCCGCACAAUAUCGUUUAAAAGAUGCAUGUCACCUUGCAGUGGCCUUCUGCACUAAGGUGAAUUUCACCAGUUAAUUUAGCCUCUUAAUACCCCCGUGAAGUAUAUGUAACUAAUCCCGUUUAUUGAUGCGGCAAACGGGAACUCGAGCAGUGAAGUGACUUGUCCAAGACUAGGAAAAUCUGUGGUAGAUCUAGGCACAUGAGUGCGCACAUCUCUGGAUUUCCAGUCGUGCUUUAUCCAGAAGUUCAUCCUUCUUCUCCUUGGAUUUCCUCCCAAACAUGGGUGGUGUCAUUGGCCCCUUCUCAUUUUUUCUCUCUCAUUACAUGGAAUAUGUUUCUUCUUUUUAUAGUGCAGCACAGAAGUAUUUUACAGAAAAUGAGAAUUUCUAAUGUUUUUCUUUUUGAGCUAUCAUCAUAAAGCAUUUUAUUAUAUGUUAGUUCGCACAAAGUUCCAGUGAAUCAAUGUAAGCAUCAAAAUCCUGUAAUUAUAGUAUUAUAUUCAUCAACGUUUUAUUCCCAAAGUCAUAAUCCUUGGUGACAGGAUACACUAACAGAAACAUACUGGUUGUGCCAGUUACCUAUAUAUCAGACACGUAUAGACCUUGCUUUUACUUCUUAUGGAUGAUCUUAAACUAGAUAUAUUUUUCCCUUUACUUUUGUAUUAUUACAACUGUAAUAUUGCAGCUGUAAAAUUAUUAUAGCUGUAUUAUUGCAGCUGUAAAACAGGUUUCCACCACCUGGAAGGUCUUUUCUUCCUGAUAAGGGACAGCUAAGUGAACAAAUAUAUGUGUAAUUUGUCAAGAAUAAGACUAAACACCAUAGAGGGAAUCCAGGCUCCAUUGAAGUCAAUUGCUUUGACUUCAAUGGAGCUGGGAUUUCACACCAUAUAUUAUAAUUGAUUUCCUUUCCCCCACAUUUGAACUGAUUUGUUUAAGAAUUGGGAUUAAUGUGAUUAACGCAGUGGCUGGGUUCUACUGCCUUUAAUUUCUUUUCACUUUCCUUGAGUCACUUUCAGUUGUUUCUAGAUUUCAUGUCUGCUUUCUUUUCCAUAGAAAUGGAUGCUGGAAUACUGAAAAUAACACAACUUUAAAAGAAAAUUGCCUUUUCUUAUUUGUUUCCAGUCCCAUUUCUGUGCAAAUCAGCAGAUGGCCUCUAAGAGUGAGAUAUCUUCUGCUUAAAACAAUGAAAAUUGUGUUUAAAAAUAACACAACUGAGUACUUUAUCCUAGAAUAUUUAAAAGAAUUGCAAUGUGGAUUUAAAAAUAAAAAUAAUUAAGUAAACAUAGUAAAGAGAACAUUUUGGCAUGUUUAUUUUAUUUUUAUUUGUUGGAUGGAGGCAAUAACUUUUUUGAUGGUUAAGAAUGUGUGAUUUCCGCUGUUCCAUAGAUGUUUUUGAUUCGUGGUGUUAUACAUUGGAGGGUUAUAAUCACAAGUGACAAUGUUAUUGACAUGCAGUAUGGAAAUGCAGAGAAAUUGCCUCAAGUGGUGGCUAGAUACCCUUAUUAUCCCAAUGGAAGAGGCAGACAGUUAUCCAUACUCCUUGAGAGAAGUUAUCAAGCUACCCAAAUACCUCCUUUUGGACCUGACCAGAUGGCCACAUGCUUUUCUGGCACCAAGAGGAGAUAGAAAUUGGCUCUAAUACCUUUUGUUUGGAGAGCCAUUUUAAUGUGCUGAAUUCCUUAUGCAUAUGGGCCCCAACCAGCAGAACACUAAACUCUUGAGUAGAUUCGCUGACAUGCUUAAAGCUAACUGGGUUUUUAAGUGAUUUGCUGGAGCAAAGCCUUAAUGGGGUCUGCUCUUGCAGUCCUUCCAUACCCCAAAAGUCUAAUGAUUUCAUUUGUAGCAAAAGAGGACAAAGGUACCCAAUACUUUUAGAAUUAAGUGCAAACAUUUUCAAUGCAUUUUUAAAAAGAAUAGUGGUGCUUUAAAAAAAAAAACCUAUCAGUUAAAAUGCCCUCAGAAAGCCUUCACCAUACACCUUCUUCACCUGUUAUAUACAUAUAUCAAUUUAUGGAGAUAUGUUUACAUAUAAUAGAUGGAAUAUGUAGCAACACCUAUAUAUAAAUUAACCUAAAAUAUUUGUUUCCAUGCUCUAAGACCUUUUCUGACUGCUUAUGUUUUCCCCAAACUUUACUUCAGGGACUGAAAUUCUGGAAGUUUGGUCUCAGCACAUUUUCUUUUUUGAAAGAUCAAAAAUGGUUUAGCUAUUUUCAAAUGAAAAGAGAAUUAAAAAUAUAUUUUGCCAUAAUUAAGAAAACUGUUGUGACAUUUUUUGAACAGCUGUAGUGUCUAAGCAGGGGGUGGUAAAAACUUAAAAUCUGACUAAGAGGUAAGCUUUAGGCAUCAGAUAUGUCUUUCAGUGGUCUGGUAAAAGUCUUCUUAGCUUUGAUCAGUUAAAAUCAGUUUAAAGUACACUAUGCACAUGUGCAGUGUUUUAAUGUGUUUGGGUUUUGUUUUGUUUUGUUGUAUAUAAUUCUUUUAAUGGUCUGUAUUGGCACUGUGUAUAUGGUCACGUAUAGCUGAGUGGAAAUUCACUUUAAUAUAAGGACUCGCUGUGUUCCACUGGCUCUAUGCAAAGUAGAGAGGAAUUUCACAUUUUACCUGUGGAUGGUAUGUAGAGUAUGAUCUGUGAAGUUGAACACUGAAGGAAGCAAAGCUCUAAAGGAGCCUGUCUCAUUCCAUAUGUUGUAUGAAAGGUUUCAGCCAUGUUUUAUUAUAUCUAUCUAUUAAUAGGAUCUAUUUCUCUACACUGAAUGAGCCAGGGCUCCUUAGGCAACUUUGCACUCAUGGAGGCUGGGUUUCAGAGGAGCCCAUCCCUUACUGAGUUCAGGUAUUUUGAAAGACAGACCAUUCUACUACUGCCCAACAAAUAGUUCCAUAUGAUUGCAUUUCUUUACUAUAUUAUUUGUCUUUUAGACACCUAGGGAAUUCCACGAGAAUGGUAAGGUUGCCAAAGAAUCCCUGAAAAGUCAGGAAAUGUGGAAGUUAAGGGGUCCCACACAACUUUAGUUCUGAGCCAUGUAUGUAACCAUUAUAAUAUAAUUUUUGGUUACAUUAUAACAAAGUUUUUCUUCAGGCCACUGUCUCCUUCUUUGUGCAAGUUGGAUGGAGAAAGAGGCAGGGUUGUGAAAUGUAUGAGGCAGAGGUUCAGAAAGUGUCUGUCUUCCUCCUUGCACAGGAUGGUCAAUGAACUCUGAGGAUAAAAAUAAAUAUUGAACAAUUGCUUCAUUCACAACACAUCAAAUAACCAAAAACCAAAUCUAGGUUGCUUGCGUUAUGAGUGUUUCACUACCCUUAAACGUCUUUCCACAUGUUUUGAUUGAGUGUGUGUAUGUGUGUGUGUAUGUGUGUGUGUGUAUAGGGUUCUAGCCCAGGAAAGCUUAUGCCCAAAUAAAUUCGUUAGUCUCUAAGCUGCCACAAGGACUCCGCGCGUUGUUGUUUGUUAUAGGUACACAGUGUGUCUAUAGACAUGUAGAGAUAUAAAGUAUAUGAGCUUAUAAGUCACUAGAAAGGGAUUUUAUGACAGCAUUUUAAAAGUAAAGAAUCAGGUUUUAAAAUGUUAUUCAAAGAUUUAAAGGCAACAAUAGCUUACCACAAAUAACUAUUUUGGCCUAAAAUCUUUACUGUGUUUCAUAAUAUUAUUUGGCUAUAGGAAAAUAUUAUCAUAUGCUAACCAGUCAAUGCUUGACUCUCCCCUGUAGCACACUUAAUAAAAACGUGCAAUGUUAGACCAGAAGUCUGUGUUUUAAACAUUAAGACAAUUUUCCAAGGUUAAGGUAUCCCAUAUUUAUUUUGCUCGUUCGGCUAUAUAGAGAAGAUCAGGAUAUCUCCAUAUUCUACCAAUUAAUUAUUUCCAAACAAAGUACGUUAAGACGUAGAGCUAAUAGUAUCUUUCGGAUAGGUUGUAAAGAAAAAGAACGUCAGAAAACUGUAAGGAUUACGUGCAUUGUUAUAUUAAUCUGUAUAUUUAAAGCAUGGAAAGGUCUCAGACACAAGGUGUCGCUGUCGCCUAAAAAGGCUUUUUAACAGGAAAGAAACACACAGCUCCUCCCUCAGAAGUACUGAAAAUCCUGCCUGUCAGCGCGUCAGGCGGGCUCCCGGAUGUGUCAGGACUGGAUUUAAAUGAAAUUACUUUCAGAGAUCCCGCAUCACGAUAUUCAUACGGAAUUAGGCGGUUCAAGUCACUGAUUUAUAAAUGAGAACCGCCCCGUGUCCGCAAUGGCUCUUCUCCGGCGAGACUCCCUGGUAACCAGGCAGCUGCUGCGGUUGGUUCUGUUACACACGGCCUGGGAGGUGGGCAGCGGCCAGGUCCGUUAACUUAUUCCGUGCCGGAGGAAUCCAAACACGGCACCUUUGUGGGCCGCCUGGCCCAGGACCUGGGGCUGGAGGUGGCGGAGCUGGUGCCUCGGAUGUUCCGGAUGGUCUCCAACGGCAGAAGAGACUAUUUUGAGGUAAAUUUGCAGAACGGCGUUUUGUUUGUUAAUUCACGAGUAGACAGGGAAGAGCUGUGCGGCCAGAGCCCCCUGUGCGCCAUUGACCUGGAGGUGAUAGUGGACAAACCCCUAAGGAUAUUUCACGUGGAAGUGGAGAUACAGGAUAUAAAUGACAAUGCUCCUGUGUUCCCUGUAAAUGAAGAACUGCGUCUCUCAGAAUCGAGAACGCCAGACUCACGUUUCCCACUAGAGGGCGCUUCUGACGGAGAUAUUGGUACAAACUCUCUGCUAACCUAUAAACUCAGCUCAAGUGAACAUUUCAUUCUAGACUUGCAAAAGAACGACGAAGACAGUGCGUUUUUAGUUCUUGUAUUGAAAAAACCACUGGACAGAGAGGAAACCCCUAUGCAUCGUUUAUUACUCACUGCUACUGAUGGGGGCAAGCCGGGGCUCACCGGCACAGUUCAGCUGGUGAUCACGGUGCUGGAUGUGAAUGAUAACGCGCCUGUAUUUAAUCAGUCAGUUUAUAAGACCCGAUUGUUCGAAAAUGCAGCUAAUGGGACGUUAGUCAUCAAACUCAACGCCACAGAUUUGGAUGAUGGAAUUAAUAAAGAUAUUAUAUAUUCGAUACGCGGCAGUGCGACACACAGCGGAAGUGCCGUGUUUAGCCUACUUCCAGACACAGGAGAGAUCAGAGUCAACGGAGAAUUGGACUUCGAAGACACUAAUUUAUAUGAAGUUCGGGUUCAGGCUACGGAUAGAGGUAAUCCUCCAAUGGUCGGACAAUGCACUAUUUUGGUGGAAAUUUUAGACGUGAACGAUAACGCGCCUGAGCUGGCCGUGACUUCACUUUCCCUGCCGGUGUCGGAAGACGAUCCCCCGGGGACAGUGGUGCGGAGUGUGGGAGAGCAGCCCCUGUCCAGCUACAUCUCGGUGCACUCGGAGAGCGGGCACAUCUAUGCCCUGCAGCCCUUUGACUACGAGGAGCUGCAAGUGCUGCAGUUCCAGGUGAGCGCGAGGGACGCCGGGUUCCCGUCGUUGUGCGGGAACGUGACUGUGCAGCUCUUUGUCCUGGAUGAAAAUGACAACGCGCCCGCAGUGUCCCUGGCUGGCUCAGGCCGCGGCUCGCCAGGGCCCGAGCUGGUUCCGCUGUCGGCCGGCGCAGGGCACGUGGUGGGCAAGAUCCGAGCGGUGGAUGCGGAUUCCGGCUACAACGCGUGGCUUCGCUACGAAGUGCAGGAGCCCAGGGCUGCGGGGCCUUUCCGGGUGGGUGUGUACAGCGGGGAGAUCAGCACCACGCGGGCCUUGGAGGAGGCGGACGGCCCCAGCCAGAGACUCGUGAUCCUGGUGAAGGACCAUGGGGAGCCGGCGCUGUCAGCGACAGCCACUGUCAGCCUGUCCCUGGUGGAGAGUCCCCAGGCUGUGAAAUGGGACUCGAGGCAAAGGGGCAGGAGCGAAGGGCCCUUGGUUGACAUGAACGUGUCUUUAAUGAUCGGCAUUUGCUCGGUGUCCGGGCUGUUUGUGCUGGUGAUUGUCGUGUACGUUGGCCUGAGAUGCCACCCGGGUCCGGAAGUGAUGUGCGGGUCUGGGAAAGCCACCGUGGUGUGCUCGAGCGAAGUGGGGAGUUGGUCCUAUUCCCAGCGCCAGAGCCGGAAUUUGUGUGUAGGGGAAGGCACCGCCAAGAAUGACCUCAUGGUUUUCAGCCCCAACUUUCCUAACUCGCGGGAGAAUGGAGAGGCAGGGAAGGGGCAAUUGCUUACACCAAAUGCAUCAGGAAUGGAGUUGGAUACAUAUUUUGUGAUGAAAAAUGAGGAUACCUAUAUGCUAUUUGUGAUUCCACAAUUUAACAAAUGUGACUAA